AUGGCUUUUACAAGUAUAUUUCAUGUUAAGGGUUUUUUUGUAAGUGACAAUGGGAUGAAGUAUGUGGGUGGCGCUACUCAUGCAAUGGAUGGUCUAGACAAAGAUAGGUGGUCUUUUUUUGAGAUUCAAGGAACUGUGAAAGAGUUGGACACAACUGCUGGAGAAUUUAAAAUGUGGUGGAAACCUACAACUAUAUCACUAGAUUCUGGUUUGUUCAAGGUUGGUGAUGAUGAAGAUGCUUCCAAAAUAUCAAAGUAUGCUACUGAUCACAAUGCUCCAGUUGAAAUAUAUGUGGAGUAUGUAAAUGAAGCUAAUGCAAAUGCAAGUUAUCCUGUGUGUUUGGACAAUGACAGUGUGAGAAAAGACAAAGGCAAGGGUGUGGCUAUUCCUACUGAUGAGUCUGGUUCUGAUGAUGAUUAUUGUGAAAGUGAGCAUUCAGAUUUGGAUGUAAGCAUUGAAGACAGUGAAGAAGAGAGGGACUUGGGGUUAGAUGAUGGAUUUGAAGAAGAGCUGGUUGAGUUUGCUGGUGAAGGAACUUCUCAAGUUAGACAACCUAAUGAUGUUGAUGAUAGUAAUGCUCCACAUGAUGGUGAUGGUGCUGAUGAACUUAAUGAGGCUGAAGAUGAUUAUGUGUCAGAAGAUCUUGAUAGUGCGAGUGAUUCUGGUGGUGAUGGAUGUGCUGAACUUAAGCCAAGAUAUCCCAAGUUUAGAAGUGAAGAUCUUACUAAAACAUUUAAGUUCACUGUGGGCAUGGAAUUCUCUUCACUGAAACAGUUCAAAGAUGCAAUUCUUGAACACAAUGUGUUGAAUGGAAAGCAGGUAAAGUUUAGGAAAAAUGAUGCAGAUAGGGUUAGGGUGGUUUGUAAGUCUUUUGACACAUGUGGUUACACUGCGUUGGUUAGUAGAGUUGUUAGGAGUCACACUUUUAGGGUUAAGACACUUGUACCAAAACACACAUGUGGGAGAGUCUUUGAUAACAAGAAUGCUAAGUCUGAGUGGGUAGCUAAGGUUAUCUUUGAUAGGAUGAAAUGCUCUAAAGGGAUGCAGAUUAAUGAUGUUGUUACUGAAGUUAGAACCAAGUAUUCAACUGGCAUAACAUUUUCAACAGCUUUUAAAGCUAGACAAAUAGCUAGAAAGCUUGUGGAUGGUGAUAGUGUCAAGCAGUAUGCAUUGUUGUGGUCCUAUAGUGAGGAAUUAAAAAGAGCAUGUCGUGGAAAUAAUUGCCACAGAUGGUUUCGAAGGCUUGGUGGUCUAGAACACAGAUUCUGUCUUAGACAUCUCUAUGCAAAUUUUAAAAAGAAGUUUGGUGGUGGGACACUUAUAAGAGACCUCAUGAUGGCUGCAGCUAAGGCUACAUAUGUGGAGGCAUGGGAGGAGAAGAUGCAACAGAUCAAGAAUAUUAGUGAACCUGCUUAUGAAUGGCUGAUGAAUAUCCCUAAGAAAGGUUGGUGCAAACAUGCCUUUUCAUAUCAUACAAAGUGUGAUGUGCUGAUAAAUAACCUUAGUGAGAGUUUUAAUGCAACAAUUUUAUUGCAAAGGGAAAAGCCAAUUAUAACUAUGUUUGAGUGGAUUAGGACAUACUUAAUGGGUAGAUUUGCAAAGCUUAAGGAGAAAUCUGAAAAAUAUAGAGGGACUAUAAUGCCUAAACCUAAGAAGAGACUUGACUGGGAGAUUGAAAAAAGUGGAAACUGGUUUGCUACUUGGGUAGGGGGGUUGAAAUUUGAAGUUACACAUUCACUUUUUCUUGAUAAGUUUGUGGUAGACUUAGGAAAAAGAAGCUGUUCAUGUAACUCUUGGGACUUGGUGGGAAUCCCCUGCAGGCAUGCAGUUGCAGCCAUUAAUAUGAAGGGUGAUGAUCCUAUUACAUAUGUGAAUAGGUGUUACACCAAGGUUUGUUACCAAGACUGCUAUGAUCAAAUUAUUUCACCAAUUAAUGGUCAGAAUAAGUGGCCUAAGACAAACUACCCAGAAGUUUUACCCCCUCAAUUCAAACGUGGCCCUGGGAGACCCAAGAAGUUAAGGAGAAGAGAACCUGAUGAAGAAAGGAUGGAAAAUGGUAAGUGGUCAAGAGCACAUACCACAACUAGGUGUAAGAGAUGCUUGAAAGUUGGACAUAACAAGAGAACCUGUAAGGCAGUUCUUCCUACUGUUGAUGAUGCUGCAGUAAGCAUUGAUGAGGUUCAACCUCUGCCUACCCAGCCAAGCCAGCCAACUGUUGCAGCACCUGCUCAGUCAAGCCAGCCAAUUGUUGUUGCAUCUACACAGAUAAGCCAGGCCCCUGUUGCUGCACCUAAGAAAAGAGGGAGACCUUGUAAGAAAGUAGUUGAUGGUCAGUCUAGUGGUGUUGUGAAAAGGAAACAACAAGCUGCUACCAAGAAAAGAAAAGUUGUUGCUGAUAACUCUGCUAAAUCUGUGGGGACUAAUAAUGUGUCUGGUCAUAAUGAAGCUGAAACCAUAUUCCAAACAUUGAAAGCCUUACCACCAAAUGUGUUUGAAGAGACAAUGAAGCAAUUGGUAGUCGGGCUCGCGAAAUGGCAUAAUGAAGUGGGAGAGAAAACACCAAAGCCAGAAGAAGAUGCAUGAAAUUAAAUCAUGGAAUAUUAACUUAGAUUAUUAGGACCUUUUUUUAUGCUUGAUACAUGUUUGCCUGUGAAUUAAGAAUUUGUAAUCAAGCUUUUGCGUGUAAUGCUUCAUCUAUUUUGUGAACUUUGUGAUGAAGCUUAACUACUACUGAUGACAGGCUUUUUUUGUUGGUCAACAUUUCCAGUGUAGACAAUUGGAGUACCAAUUGCAAGUUCAAUGUGAUAUACAAUUGGAAUGCCAAUUGCAUUUUAUGUUAUUCAAGUG